CUAGAUCUUGCAGCACUCCCAAGCUACCCUUUACAGUAUACACUUCUCUCUCUCUCUCUCUGUGAAUUUAGGAACAAAGACUAGAGAUGAAUAAGGUGAGAGAAAACAACAUAAGAGAGAUCACACGAUGAAGGCUAAUUGUAUCAUUAGCAUUUUCUUGACCCUAUCAUUUGUUGCAGACUCCAAAUUCAUUGGUGAAGAGGAGAAAAACAACAGAAGGAUUCUGCAUCAACCACUCUUUCCAUACACUUCAUCUCCGCCGCCUCCGCCUCCUCCGUCUCCGCCUGCAGCUCCGGACCAAGACCAUCCCUUCUUCCACGAGCUUCCGAAUGGACCCCUGGUGGAUCAGGGCCAGCAAACGCCAUCCACCAGCAGCAGCAGCACUGCCGCGGCAACCCCACCCGUCCCCCGGCAGACCAAUUCGAUCAAGAAACUCGCCAUCGCAGUCUCGUCUGCGAUGCUGUCGCUGGCGAUGCUGUCGGCAGUGGUGUUCCUUCUCUACAAGUGCCGCAUCAAGCGUAUGGAUGAGUCGCAGAAGCUUGUUGGAGGGAAUUCGCAAAGGAUGAAUGAGGAAUCGAGAAUGCCGCCAUCGAAUUUCCUGUACAUUGGCACGGUGGAACCGUCUGCCACGAGCAUAGCCAACGAGGCGAACGACGUGGCUGCCUCGCCCUACCGGAAACUGAACUCGGGGAAGCGAUCUAGUCGUUAUCGGCCGAGUCCAGACCUGCAGCCGCUGCCGCCACUGACGAAGCCUCCGCUGCCGCAGCCUCCGAGCAUCAAUUCGCCGCCACCGAUGUCGUCUUCCGACGACGAGAGCCACGACACCAACUUCUACACUCCACAAGGGUCAUCGAUGAGCAACGAGUCGCCUAGCUCCCGCCACAGCUACUGGACUAACAGCAUUAGCCACACUAAUCGAGUUGCUCAUUCCAAGAGAACUUCACCUAAAUCUCGCCUCUCAGCGUCAUCUCCGGAUAAAAAGCCAGUGAUAAUCCCCUCCAUCAAGCAGUCGGUGCCGCCUUCUCCGCCACCACCGCCGCCAAAUUCUUCAUUGCAGCCCAGCAAAUCAAUAUCAUUCACUCCCAAAAGGACCAAAUUUGCACGACCUCCACCACCACCAGAUAUGGCACGGCUCCAAGCAAUAAGUGAUGAUGAUCAACAGACAUCUGUAAUCCCAGCUCCAGCUCCACCCCCACCCCCACCGCCGCCGCCCCCUCCUCGUCCUCCAUCGCUGCCACCACAGCUGUCAUCUAUCCCGAAAAAAUUUGGAGAUGUACAACAAUAUACACCACCACCAUUUUCCAAUAAAGUGAUAAAACUACAGUCAAAGAAUACUAGCCCCAAAUCAAACCAGAGUCCUACUAAAGGUGUUAGUUUGACAGAGGAAGUAGAUAUAGAGGACAAGAGUGGAUCUAAACCAAAACUGAAGCCUCUGCAUUGGGACAAAGUACGAGCCAGCUCAGACCGAGCCACAGUUUGGGACCAGUUGAACUCCAGCUCCUUCCAGUUGAAUGAGGAUGCCAUGGAGUCGCUUUUCGGAUUCAAUUCUGCAAAUUCAGUCGCAAAAGAUGCAACUAAAAAGUCAGCUACGGAGCAGGAGAUCAGAGUGUUGGAUCCGAAGAAGUCCCAGAACAUCGCGAUCCUAUUACGUGCAUUGAAUGUCACAAAAGAAGAGGUUGCUGAAUCACUUCAAGAUGGAAAUCCAGAGGGAUUGGGUCCUGAGCUCUUGGAGACUUUGGUAAAGAUGGCACCAACCAAGGAGGAAGAGAUAAAACUUAAAGACUACAAGGGUGAAUGCUCGAAAUUGGGGUCAGCAGAGCGAUUCCUCAAGGCAAUUCUUGAUAUUCCAUUUGCCUUUAAAAGAGUGGAAGCCAUGCUUUAUAGAGCCAACUUCCACACAGAACUAACAUACUUGAGAAAGUCUUUUCAAACACUAGAGGAAGCAAGUAAAGAAUUGAAGAAUAGCCGCAUGUUCCUAAAGCUGCUUGAAGCUGUUCUACGGACAGGGAACCGCAUGAACGAUGGCACAAAUCGCGGUGAUGCGAGAGCCUUCAAAUUGGAUACAUUGCUUAAGCUAGUAGACGUAAAAGGAACAGAUGGAAAGACGACCUUACUUCACUUUGUUGUCCAAGAGAUAAUCAGGUCAGAAGGCACAGAUUCAGAUCCAGCAAGUGAAACUAAAAUGAAUAUCAAGUCCAAGGAAGAGGAGUUCAAGAAGCAAGGAUUGCACAUUGUGUCCGGGCUAAGCAAAGAGAUCGGCAGUGUCAAAAAGGCAGCAGGAAUGGACUCGGACGUACUGAGCAGCUAUGUCUCUAAGCUUGAAAUGGGACUCCAAAAGGUCAGAUUAGUCAUGCAAUACGAGAGGCAAAGCACUCAAGGAAAAUUCUUUGAUUCAAUGAAAGAGUUUCUUAAAGAGGCUACUGAGGAAAUCACAAGAAUUAAGGACGAAGAAAGGAAAGCCCUGUCGCUGGUGAAAGAGGUAACAGAGUAUUUUCAUGGAAAUGCUGCGAAAGAGGAGGCUCAUCCUUUCAGGAUUUUCAUGGUCGUGCGAGACUUUCUGUCUAUACUGGAUAAUGUGUGCAAAGAUGUUGGGAAGAUGCAUGAUAGAGCAACAGUUGGGGCCGGGAGAUCAUUCCGGAUGCCAGCAACUGCAUCGUUGCCAGUACUCAAUAGAUACCACAUGCGUCCAGACACGAGUCCGUGGGAGGAUAGCAUGUAACUUAGCACCUGUUAAUCGAUCCAUCGAUGGACACUUGAUCAAGGGAUGCUUAUGGAGUAAAAUGAGUGCCGGAACAAGCAACAUGUACAUACCACAGCCCAACUAGCUUGGUAGACCAUGAAACUGCAAAAAAUAGGUCGAAAUUUACAGAAUCUAUAGGCCGAAAGAACUCAACGAGCAGCAGAAUUUUUGAACGAUAUAUAAGUGCAAUAUCUAGCGAAACUAUAGCAAACAGAGGCUUCGUUAAUUUGUUAUCUAAGGCUUCAUUUCAUUUCAUUA